AUUAUAUUUUCGGAAAAAAACUGUGCAAGAAAAAGGUGUACACGCUCUUAUAUUUACACGAAACGACACCGUGUAGGAAAAUAACAGUACAACAUUUUACUGUAGUUCAAUACAAGAAACAAAAGAGAACAAAAAAGAAAGAAAAAGCAUCUCUCUUUCUCUCUCUUCGUGCCCGAGGCUCCCAGUCCCACCGGAAAUGGGUAAGGUACCAAUCGCCGCAGCCACGCCGGAGACGACGAGAAAGAAGAAAGGCCGCCCGUCUAAGAACCGUACCCCUCUCUCCACCCCUCCCAAACCCUCCGCCUCCAACCCCACCAGCCGCCGAUCCACCCGGCGGAACCCUAAUCAUCCCAAUUGGCCGCCGCAGCCUGAAUUCGACGGAGGAGACGAUGACGACGAACGGAAGGAGAAGAAGGUCAAGCUCGUCGUUCGCCUCCCUCAGUCGGAUGAGGGUGUUAGGGCUGAAGGGAAGAGGCAGCAGCAUUGCCGGGAAUUGGAUUCGGGUUCCGGAUCGGGUUCAGGUUCGGAGUCGGAGAUGGGGUUGGAGGAUCGAGAGGGGUGCGCGAAGAAGCGCAAGGUUGACGGCGCUGAUAAUGGAUCUGACGACGGGGGUUCGGAUCAGGAAAAAGAGGUUGUGAAAGAGAUAGACAAUUAUGUACAAGGUCUACCCCCAGCCCUUACUGGGUCACCCUUGGAGUCUGGUCCCGGAACUCCUUUGCCAGAAAAAAAGUUGUUGAUAUUCAUUCUUGACAGGCUCCAGAAAAAGGAUACGUACGGUGUUUUCUCUGAGCCUGUGGAUCCAAAUGAGCUACCUGAUUAUUUUGAUAUAAUAGAGCAACCUAUGGAUUUUGGUACGGUGAGAAAGAAACUCGACAAUGGAGCUUACAAGAACUUGGAAGAGUUGGAGACCGAUGUGCUUUUGAUAUGUUCAAAUGCCAUGCAGUAUAAUUCUGCAGACACUGUCUACUAUCGCCAGGCACGAAGUAUACAAGACCUUGCAAAGAGAGAUUUCGAUAAUCUUAGACAUGAAGGUGAGCCCAAGGUCAUACGGAGAGGGAGGCCACCCAACAGCAAGAAUCAGAAAAAGGCUGUUGAAACAUCCCCUGCUGAUCGUGUUGCCACUGAGCUUUCUUCGGGUGCAACUCUUGCUAAAGUAGAAGAUAAAGCAAAUGGGUCCAGUUCUUACAAUCUAAGGAAGGGACCCGCAUUAUUUAGGCUUAGGUCUGCAGAUCCAUAUGUGUUGUCAUCUUAUGGUUCAAGAAAUGGUGAAAACCACUCUGAAUGGUCGAUUGACUGGCAUAAUGAAUUUCCAGCAUCAAUUUUGAGAGCUGACAUGAAAUAUGGGAAAAAACAUUUCACAGUGGAUGAAAACAGGCGUGACACCUACAAACAAUCUCUUUUGCUGUCUUCAGGCCACAAUCCGCUUGUUUUGGCAAAUUCUAGUGGAAAUAUGAAGCGAUUAGUGCCGGUAGGUCUCCAUGAAGCCCUUGCUUACGCAAGAAGCCUAGCUAGAUACGCAGCAAAUCUCGGCCCUGUAGCCUGGAAAAUUGCAUCAAGGAAGAUAGAAGCCGUUCUACCUGCCGGAGUACAAUACGGGCCUGGCUGGGUUGGUGAAAAAGAAGUCCCUUCACGAACAUCGUCUUUUUCAGUGGACACCAAUAAUAAAUCGUUCAUUGCGAAUUCCAUAUCAAGCAAGCCCAACGGCCCCUCAUGGGGACCUCAAAUUCCACCUCAGAAAAAUUUGAAGGUAAACGGUUUUGAUGGAAAUCCCAUUCUGGAAGGUUCCGGAAAGGUGAAAUCAGAAUUUGGGUGCGACUUGUCAUCGAGUCACUCGAUGUUGAUGAAUAAUGUCGUUAGGGAGCAAGCUAAGUUGGUGGGGAUUAGGAAUAAUAGCUUGCCACCUGGAUAUCAAAUGGACGCACAAGGUAAACCGUCUUCUCAUGAGAUCAUGCAACAAAGACGUGACAAUAACAAUAUUAAUAACAGUAUUAACAGUAAAGUUUCGAGUGUGCCUCCUGAUCUGAAUGUGAGAGUUCCGGCAGGCUCGCCUAGUUCUGGUAGCUUACAAAUUGGUUCACCUCAACAGCCGGAUUUAGCAUUACAACUCUGAAUACUACUUUUUUUUAUUUGUCGAGAAAAGGGUCAUUUCGUCUUGUUUAGUAUGAUACGAUUGGAGGAGGUUAGGGCACAGCUUGUACAGGUUUGUAUCUGAUAUUAUUUUAGGUGUAGCUGAAGAUUUGCUUGAACUCAGGAACUUGGAUAGCAGGAGCAGGAAAAAUCUUAUUAAUUUGCUUAGGACCUAUGAUUUAUUGAAGUAUCAAAAUGUAUUUGUAUUCAAUUACAAUAUGUAACUUUCUAUUGAUCAAUCCAUGGAGAAUUUCCUUUUUUUUUUUUCCUUAUUUCGGACCAAAACUAAUGUAACUGCACAUCCCUUUGGUAUGCAUGAACUAUUCUUCCUCUU